CAAACCAAGCCUCCCUCGUUUUAAACCUCUGCUGCCUUGUGCUACUUCUGUCUAACUCAAUUCAGGCUGAUUCCGAUGACAAUCGAAAGGUACAUGUGGUGUAUAUGGGACAGAAAACUGAAGAUGAUGUCUCUGCAUCAUCCCUUCACUUGAGCAUGCUACAGCAAGUUGCUGGCAGGGAUGGAGGGAAAUACAUGCUUCAAAGAUACACYAAAAGCUUCCAUGGAUUUUCCGCAAGACUYACCCAAGAGGAGGCKCAGAAAAUAUCAGGGAUGGAGGGAGUUGUUUCUGUCUUCCCCAGCAGAAAAAACCAAUUGGCAACAACAAGUUCAUGGGACUUCAUGGGGUUCCCACUUACAGUCGACAGAUCAACAACUGAAAGUGACAUCAUCGUAGGUGUUUUUGACWCCGGAAUUUGGCCGGAAUCAGCCAGUUUCUCUGACACAGGAUAUGGUCCUCCUCCUGCUAAAUGGAACGGCAUAUGCGAAGCCAAUUUCCCUUGCAACAACAAAAUAAUAGGAGCUCAAUACUACAAGGGAGAUGGAACGUAUGACCCUAAAGACUUACAAUCACCAAGAGACUCUGAUGGUCAUGGAACCCACACCACAUCCACGGCUGCCGGAAACUUAGUGAGAAAUGCAAACCUAUUAGGCCUUCACUCAGGAACAGCUCGAGGGGGUGUUCCUAGAGCCAGGAUUGCAGUGUAUAAAGUGUGUUGGACASACGGGUGUUCAGAUAACGACCUUCUUUCUGCUUUCGAUACUGCCAUUGCUGAUGGAGUUGACAUAAUCAGCAUUUCUCUUGGCUCGUCAAGAGCGGUAGAACUUUUCRAAGACAGUCUUGCUAUCGGAACCUUUUAUGCCAUGAUGAAAGGAAUAUUGACUGUACAAUCUGCUGGUAACGCAGGCCCAAGSCCCCAGACCAUCUCUAGUAUUGCUCCAUGGAUUCUUUCGGUGGCCGCUGGCACUAAGAACCCAGAUUUAAUCACCCCAGUAAGACUARGAAACAAUAUGGUUGUAGAUGGAAUUUCCAUAAAUCCGUUUACACUUGACGGAAUGUAUCCUUUAGUUUACGCUGGAGAUGUCCCGAAUAUCGAAGCUGGUUUCAACGGCUCAACGUCAAGGUUUUGCAUCAACAACUCAUUGGACAAGAAUUUAGUGCAAGGUAAAAUAAUACUAUGUGAUUGGGUUUCGACCGGAGAAGUUGAAAUGUUAGUUGGUGCUGUCGGGUCAAUCAUGGCAUAUGGCGGACUGUAUUUUGAAGCCAUUGGUUCAUAUCCUUUGCCUGUUAGUGUAGUGAACUUCGAUCAAGCAGACAGUAUCUUUCAGUAUAUACGCUCAACAAGAAAUGCAACWGCGGUUAUAAUGAAGAGUGAAGAUGUCAGAAACGCGUCAUCCCCAUUCGUUGCCUCUUYCUCGUCAAGAGGUCCAAAUCCUAUAAAUACAAAUAUCCUCAAGCCCGACCUGACAGCUCCUGGAGUAAGAAUUCUAGCAGCAUGGUCACCUCUGUCUCCAAUUAGCCGAGCAGAAGGAGACCACAGAGCGGUGCCUUUCAAUAUGAUAUCAGGGACAUCAAUGGCCUGCCCACACGUUAGUGGUAUAGCUGCUUAUAUCAAAUCAUUUAACCCAACAUGGUCUCCUGCAACAAUUAAGUCGGCUCUCAUGACCACUGCUUCUAUAAUGAGUGCUCAGAUCAACACAGAUGCUGAAUUUGCAUAUGGAGCUGGUUAUCUUAAUCCAUUGAAAGCUAUAAGACCUGGACUGGUAUAUGAUGCUAACGAGGUUGAUUAUAUAACUUUUUUAUGCCAACAAAACUAUAGCAGCCAAGUUAUAAGAAUCAUCACGGGGGUUAAUAUCAGCAACUGCUCUGAGCUCAAGAAGCAAACCAAGGAUCUCAACUACCCUACAUUUGUUAUCCCAACAAUGCCCAACGAGGCCAUUGAUUUUAACUUCAGCAGGACUGUCACCAAUGUCGGCUCAGCAACAUCGACUUAUAGAGCUUUGAUAACUCAACCACGUGUUAGCGGUUUGAGGAUACAAGUUGAGCCGAGUGUCCUACAUUUUGAAGAAUAUGGGCAGAAGCUGUCUUUUAAGGUGUCUGUUCAGGCAACCAUACAAAAGCUAGACAACCCAAUUCUUUCUGGUGGUUUGACAUGGGAUGAUGGAGUGCAUCAAGUGCGGAGCCCCAUCGUUGUGCAUGUUCCUUGAUAGUCAUCAAAUGAUCGAGGAACGGAUCAUACUAUUCGCCAAUAAUAUUGAUCU